AUGAGAGCCGCUGAGCGAGGACAUCGUGGAGUGGUGAAGGAAUUGGUACGACGCGGAGCCGAUGUUGAUUUCAAGCGACCAAACGGGUCGACAGCUCUGAUUAUUGCGUGUGAGCACGGUCAAUUCGAUGCUGUCGUGGAACUCGUGAAUCGUGGAGCGUUGAUUGAACUAGCCGACAAGGAAGGGUACACGCCUCUCAUCACUGCUGCCCAACUGGGAUACUCCGAUAUUGUCCAAUUUUUAGUGAAUCGAGGCGCCAACAUGAAUGCGCGUUUACCGAGUGGAGGAACAGCAUUGAUCACAGCCGCUUGGUAUAAACGGUUGGCCGUUGUUCGAAUUCUUGUUGAUAAUGGAGCGGAUACCAGUAUAUGUGGAGACUUCCAGAAUUGGUCACCGCUGACUGUGGCGUACUUCAGUGGCUACUUGGAACUUGUGCACCUCAUUUAUAUGCAAACUUUGGAGAAUGAAAAUGUAUCGCAGCCAUCACCACCGGAAGCUCCGAUUGUAGUCGCAUCAUGCAACAGUAUUGCCACGAAGAGCCGAAAUGGAGACACAGCUUUACGAAUUGCGUGCGAACGUCGUGACCUCAAGGUAAUUAAAACGCUCUUGCGUGAUACCUACAACGAUCUCAACUUACCAGGCGGGUAUGGCGGAUUCACGCCACUGAUGACAGCUUCCGAAGACUGCAAUCCGGAUGUGGUGGCCAUUCUCCUCGAAGCUGGAGCUAACAUCAAUUUGAAAAAUGGAGAUGGGUUUACAGCUUUAAGCAUUGCUGCAUAUCGGGGGCAUCUCCCAGUCGUUGAGAUUCUUCUCGACAAGGGCGCAAGUGUGGAUAUGCUGAAUACUGCAGGUUCGACACCCCUUUUGCUUGCUGCCUCCAAUGGUCAUGCAAAUGUGGUGGACAUUCUUUUGAAAGGCGGAGCUAACAUCAAUUUCCAAAAUGGAGACGGGCAUUCAGCUUUAAGUAUUGCUGCUAAUUUGGGGCAUCUCGCAGUGGUUGAGAUGCUUCUCCACAAGGGCGCGAGUGUGGAUAUGCUGGAUACGGCAGGCUGGACGCCACUUAUGGUUGCGGCCUUUAAUGACCACGAGAAUGUGGUGGGCAUUCUUCUCAAAGCUGGGGCCACCGUUGAUGCGCAACGUCCCAAUGGGACCACCGCCCUUUGUAUCGCUUCUGAGCGUGGUCAUCUCUCCGUUGUUGAGAUGCUUCUCGAGAAGGGUGCAAGUGUUGACAUGGCGGAUAAGAAGGACAACUCGCCCCUUGUGGCCGCUGCAUGGCAUGGUCAUGCGAAUGUGGUAGACACUUUUCUGAAAGCGAGGGUCAGUAUUGACAACGGCGUUACAGAUCAAAAUAAAAGGAACACACCAUUGAUUCGUGCUGCUGGCAAAGGCCAUGUGGGUGUAGUCGCCCUGCUUGUGAAGGAAGGGGCCAAUAUUAACGCUCAAUCUCUACACGGGUCUUCUGCGUUGCUCGUAGCGUCGGAAUAUGGUUUCUUAGAUACUGUGACGUUUCUUCUUGAGCAUGGAGCGUCUAUUGAUGCGGUUGAUAAAGACGGUGACAAUGCCCUACUGUUGGCAGCACACUCAGGGCUCGAUGGAGUGGUGAAAACUUUGAUCGAAAAGGGAUUAUCAGUAGAUUUUACCAACAAUGAGGGCAAAAGUGCUCUACUGAAUGCUGCGAUGGAGGGACAUCGAACAUUGAUCAACGAGGACCAAACGGAACAACUGCACUGCUUGGCGCUUGCAAGAAUGGUCAUCUCGAAGCUGUCAAGCUUUUAG